AUGGCUACCCCUAGCGUUCUCGUCUUUGAUGCUGAGGGUAGGGCUGUUGACUUUGAGGUAUGGGUCGAUGAUCUACAGCUUUUCCUACAAUGCGAUAGGAAGGACGGUCUCUCACUGUUCGAUCUCACGUCUGGCGCCUCUGCUGCCCCUGCUGCCGAUGCUGACAGCACUGUUCGCUCACAGUGGGCCACACGCGAUGCUGCUGCCCGUCUUGCUGUGCGUAGUCACUUGCCGUCCUUUGAGCGCACGCACAUCAGUCAGUACAAGAGUGCUAGGACCUUGGACCACUUACUCUCUGUUUGCACCACCACACUCACUGUUGACCUCCUCGAGGAGCGCCUCCUGGCAGCUGAGAAGAGUAUAGUCGCUGUAGGAGCCUCUCGUGGUGACCCUCGUGCCCCCUUCUUUGAGGGGUGCCCCCCCUCCCCCCUUUUGCCCUCUAUUGCCUCUGCUGCUGCCGUCGACUUCGUUGGCAACGAGUCGGUCGGCGCUGCGUCUGCCCCUAGCGGGAGACGCCGCCCCGGCAAGGGCAAGGGGGGCAAGGGUGCUGGAGGGGCUGGCGGGGGCGGUGGAGGUGGCGGUGGAGGCGGCGGAGGGAGUGGGGGUGGCGGUGGGAGUGGUGGCGGGGGUGGGGGCUUCGGUGGCGGCGGUGGAGGAGGAGGCGGCGGCAGCGGUGGCGGUGGGAGCGGAGGAGGAGGCGGUGGCGGCGGCGGUGGAGGUGGCGGUGGGGACAGUGGAGCGGGUCGGGGUGGCUCUGCGCAGCGGGGCGGCGUCGGUGGUGGUCAUCGCCAGAAGCAGCAACGCACUCGUGAGACCUCGCCCCCCCAGCAGCUUCGUGAGUGGUACGCUGCGCGUCAGCGGGGUGGGGGUGCUGGUCCUUGUGCCUACGUCCUGCAUACCGGCGACCGCACUGGUGAGCCGUCGGGGGUUGCUAUCUUUGAUCUGGAUUAUGAUGCUAUUCUUGCUGCCAUGCAUGUUGUGUCCACAAGUGAUGAGGGCGGCUGUUACCUGUGUGUUCCGCCUGAUCCGGACAUUGAGGCUGCUGCUCUAGGUGCUGGUGAGGCUGCUGCUCUCGGUGCUAGUGCGUCUGCUGCUCCAGGUACUGGUGAAUCUGCUGCCCCAGGUGCUGGUGAGUCUGCUCUCUCAGGUCUCUACCUCCCCUCGUUCUCUACGAACUUGGUGAGUGGUGCUGACCUACAGGAUGGGGGGGUUGACCAGUUCACUCCUGCGAGUCAGCGGGUGACCCACUGUACGUGUGCUCGGACGGGCCGACACUUGGCCACGUUUACCCGUCAGCCGGGGUCGAGCCUGUACACACUGACUACUUAG